GCUUCACAAUUUUGGCAGAGGAGCAUACGAACCCUAAAACUAGAUGCUCAGAUUGAGCUUCUACUUUUGAGACGAGGUCGUUGAUUGAUAUGACCAACAGCUCAUCUUCGAAAAAGCACGGUCAAGAUCAGCCAGAAUUAAGUGGUCCUACCCCCAAAUCCCAGCGAACCAAAAUGGGCAAAUCUGAAGACAACGAUAAGAAGAACCUGGGUAAGAAACUCAAAGAUGUGGAAAUAAGCGUUCCAAUAGUGUAUGGGAACAUAGCAUUUUGGCUUGGGAAAAAGGCUAGCGAGUAUCAGUCGCAUAAAUGGACAGUAUAUGUUCGUGGAGCAACCAAUGAGGAUCUUGGGGCGGUAAUAAAGCGUGUUGUUUUUCAGUUGCAUUCUAGUUUCAAUAAUCCCACCCGUGUUGUGGAGUCACCACCUUUUGAACUCUCAGAGGCAGGAUGGGGGGAAUUUGAAGUUGCGAUCACACUUUAUUUUCACAGUGAUGUUUGUGACAAGCCUUUGAACUUAUAUCAUCACUUGAAGUUGUAUCCAGAGGAUGAAAACAGUUCCAUGUCCGCAAAGAAGCCUGUUGUUGUAGAGUUUUAUGACGAGAUAGUUUUCCCUGAUCCUUCAGAGGCCUUUUUAUCUCGUUUGCAGAGUCAUCCAGCUGUGAACUUGCCAAGAUUACCUCCUGGGCUUACGUUGCCUCCUCCCGUACCUGUUGAGGAUGCAAGUAAAAGGAGGAAAGGUGAUACCAAAGAUCAUUCUUUAAGUCAAUGGUUCACGAAUUUCUCAGAAGCAGAUGAGCUCUUACAGCUUGCAGCAGCUCGACAGCAGGUUCAAGCACAUAUUGCUAAACUCAGACGACAGAUAAACUUGAUAGAUGGACAGCAUCAGCAGUUUAAAUCUUCUUCUGACCAGUAGAUGUACAAUUAGGGUUUUGGAGGUUUUUUUUGUAAUGACUGAGGGAGCAGAAGAAUGGGAUGGAUUGUGUGCUUCUAAUCAGCUAGUUGAUUCUUCAACUGUAUUGUAACUUGUUUCAUUUUUGUUUUGUCAACGGUGUUGUAAUUUUAGAGUAGUGUAACUCUGCCAAUAAACAGAAGCGGCUUAAUGUGUAUGAUUUAACCAUAAAAGAUUAGAAAGUGUAGUAUUUCUCAUUUAUUAUAA